GGAUUGAAGGGAAGAGAGGGCGUGCGCGCGCGCUCUCCUCAGCGCCGCCCUCUCUCGACUGGGCGCGCUCCUUCCUAUUGGCCGCCUGACUUGUAGGACAGCUAAUACACCUCAACACUCGGCCCCAUCUGCAAGGCCAGAUUUGUCCCUUUGAAUUUGGUCUACCUCGGAGACACGAACGCCUUCUAGGCGGAUCUAACCGGGGUUCCGCCCACUUCGCACACGUCACAGUAGAAGUGUGACAGAUGGCCACCGCAUCUGCGCAUUGCUGAACGACUUUUGUGAGGCACCGUCGCGCCGCAAAGAUGCGCGCUUGCGCAUUUUUGACAAGUGGGCGCUCGCCUCAAGUGUUUGUCCGCUCGCCUAAUUAUUUAUCCUGAGAACAGCGUUUCUCUCUCCUUUUUAUUUGCACAUCUCUAACCCAAGACAUGACUGAACUACGUGUUGAGGCGAAACAUUUGACGACGGAGGGUGGCGCAUGGCUUCUCGUCCUGAGCUCCGUGUUCUUAUGCAACCUCCUCAAAAUCCUUCUACCCUCCUGUUCUUCCAUUAUAUCUAGGUUGCUACAAAAGGAUGCUGAACAGGAAUCUGAAAUGCGAUCUGAUAUUCAGAGCAUGAAGCAAGAACUUUCUACCAUUAGUAUGAUGGAUGAAUUUGCCAGAUAUGCUCGAUUAGAAAGGAAAAUUAAUAAAAUGACUGAUAAGCUUAAGACAAAUGUGAAAACACGAACUGCUCAACUAGCCAAAAUAAAGUGGGUAAUAAAUAUUGUGUUCUACAUUUUGCAAGGUGCCUUAAUGAUAUCAUUAAUUUGGAAAUAUUACUCGGAACCAGUUACUGUGCUUCCAAGCAAAUGGCUAGCCCCUUUGGAACGUUUAGUAGCGUUUCCAACAGGAGUGGCAGGUGGUGUUGGAAUUACGUGUUGGUUGGUGGUUUGCAACAAAGUUGUUGCAAUUAUGCUACACCCAUUCAGUUGAGAAAGAAACAAGUUUCACUUUCAGCAAUUUAGAACUCCCUGUCAUUUUUUCAGUAUUCUGCUAUGAUAGGAGAUAAAUCACAAGAACGUGAAAGACUAGAAGGGUGCAGUUUUAAAAAAAUAAACAAAUAUUUAAAAUUCUCUUCCCUUUAUGGAAGUAAUAGUAUUUGCAAAUGAACAAUUUUUGUUCACUUCAUAGUUGAAUAUUCAGUAAUUGAAAUAUAAUCUACAAUCAAUGA